AUGACUACUAGUAGUACUACUAACAGUACAACUACUACUAGUACUGCUACUACUAGCACUACUAAUACAAGUACUACCACUCCUUAUACGACAACUACUAAUACUACUAAUACCAGUAAUACUACUACUACUAAUAGUACUUCAAGUACUACGACUACUAGUACUAAUACUAAUAGCAAUACCAAUACUAGUAAUAAUACUCCACGUUCUACUACUACUAGUACUACUACCACAAGUACGACUACUAUUAGUACUGCCAAUACUCGUAGUGCUACUAAUAGUACUAAUACUAACAGCAAUAAUACUCGUCGUCCUACUACAACUAGUACUACUACUACUAGUAAUACUACUAUUAUUACUACCACUACUGGUACUAAUAUUUCUAGUACUUCCACCACUUGUACGAAGAUUAUUAGUAAUACUACUGCAAGUAAUACUACUACUAGUAAUACUACUAAAAGUACGACUACUACUAGUAAUACUACUAAUCGUACCACUACUAUUAGUAAUACUACUACUACUACUACCACCAUUUGUACGACAACUACUAGUAUUAGUUCUACCAGCAAUACUUCUACUAGUAAAACUACUACAAGUAUUAUGACUACUACUACUACUACUCCUAAUAGUACUAAUAAUAGUACUAUUGCUACUAGUACCACUACUAAUAAUACUACCACUACUUGUAGGUCAACUACUAGUAAUACUACUACCAAAAAUAAUACACAUCGUUCUUCUACUACUAGUAAUACUACUACUAGUACUACUAUUAUUAGUACUACUACUACUAGAAUUACUUCUACUAGUAUUACCACCACUUGUACGAAAACUACUGGUAAUACUACUACCAGUAAUAUUACUACUAGUACUACUACUACAAGCACGACUACUACUAGUACUACUACUAAUAGUACUACUAAUACUGGUAGUUCUAAUACUAUUUCUACUACUACUAGUACUAUUAUUACUAGUACUAAUAUAAUUAGUACUACUACUCCUACUACUACCACUACUACUAUUAUUAAUAUUAAUACUACUAGUACUAAUACUAUCAGUACUACUGCUACUACUAAUACGACUACUAGUAUUACUACUACUAGUAUUACUACUACUUAUUCUACCACUGCUUGUACGACAACUACUAGUACAACUACCAGUAAUAAUACUACUAAUACUACUACUACUGCAACUAUUACUAAUAGUUCUACUACUACUAUUAAUACUACUACUAGUACUACUAUAAUUAGUACUACAACUACUAGUACUAAUACUUCCAGUAAUACUACUAAUAAUACUAGUAAUAAUACUUCUACUACUACUUGUACUACUUCUACUAGUAAUAUUUCUCCAACUUCUACCACUACUGGUACUACUAUUUGUAAUACUACUAAUAAUACCACUACUACAAGCACGACUACUAUUAGUAAUACUACUAAUAGUGGUAAUACUACUGGUACUUCUACUACUAUUUCUACUACUACUAGUACUAUUAUUACCAGUACUAAUAUAAUUAGUACUACUACUACUUCUACUACCACUACUACUAUUAUUACUACUAAUACUACUAGUACUACCACUUUUUUAAC